AUGGCACAGAGGUUAGAUCUGAAGAACGCCUCUGGAUUAACACAUUUCAUCUUCGCUGGCAUUUCAGAAUAUCAAGAGAUGCAAGCAAUCGUCUUCAUGCUUGUUUUGAUAAUCUACUUGCUAACUAUUGGAGGGAAUGUGACCAUUUUCUUCCUGAUCUUUAUGGAUCCUCUGCUCCACACGCCAAUGUACUUUUUCUUGUGCAACUUGUCCUGCUUAGACUUAAUGUACACAACCGUAACUUUACACAGGAUCCUCUUCACUUUCCUUUCUGGUAAUAGCAGUAUUAUGUUCUCUGAAUGUUUCAUCCAGUUAUAUUUCUUCAUGUCUUUAGUUGGUAUCGAGCUGUUGCUACUAACGGCCAUGAGUUACGACCGAUAUGUGGCUAUCUGCAACCCGCUGAGAUACACAGCGUUGAUGAACCAUAGAGUGUGCAUUGCGUUGGUCGCGACAUGCUGGAUCUUGGGAUUUUUGGAUACAAUACCUUUCACUUAUAUCGUUUAUGGAUUCACAUGCUACGUAUCGAAUACCAUUAACCACUUUUUCUGUGACCUUUUAGCACUCAUGAAGCUUUCUUGCAGCGAUACGUCUGUGUUGGAACACGCCAUUCUCACAGAGGCGGCAUUCUCUGGUCUAACGCCUUUUCUUCUUACCUCCAUCUCGUAUGUUUGUAUAAUAAAAACAAUAUUGAGUAUUCAAACGGCGACGGGGAGGAGAAAGGCCUUCUACACGUGUUCUUCUCACCUCACUGUGGUCAUCCUCUUCUAUGUUACCCUUUCAUGUUUAUAUCUCAGACCAACCUCCAUGUUUUCUUUGGACUCAGACAAACUGCUAUCUUUGGUGUACACGGCAGUUGUACCCAUGUUAAACCCUCUGAUUUAUAGUUUGAAAAACAAAGAUGUGAAGCGUGCUCUGACAAGUGUGUUAAAACGCUAUCAGGUGUCGAAGUUAUGGAUAUAG